UCCUUUUUCUCUCAAAUGAAUAAUCCUAGUUGUCUAUGAUCUCUCGAUAAAAUCUCUAGGCGAGCAGGUCGAUCAUCAGUGAAGCUUCCAAGAAUUCAAGAGUCCGGUUUCAAGAAGUAAAAAGGAGGCGGCGGCGGAGAGAAUGGAGGCGUCGUCGUCGUCGGAGGCGGCGAGAGGUCCAGGGACAGAGUCGCAAGGGCUGACGAGGCGGCCGUCGCGGAACGCGGCGACGACGACGGUCCCGACGGAGGUGUUCUACAACGAGGUGGUGCCGCCGUCGCUUGCUGGGAUCGUCCCCAUCCUCCGCGUCGCUGCCGAGAUCGAGCAAGAACGCCCUCGCGUCGCCUAUCUUUGUCGUUACUAUGCGUUUGAGAAGGCAUACAGGCUCGACCCGAACUCGAGCGGACGUGGAGUUCGGCAGUUCAAGACCAAUCUCCUCACAAGAUUAGAGCGGGAAAAUACGUCAACGCUUGCUAAAAGGGUAAAAAGAACAGAUGCCAGAGAGAUUGAGAGCUUUUAUCAGCAAUACUAUGAACAUUAUGUCAGAGCUCUGGAUAGAGGCGAACAAGGCGAUAGAUCUCAGCUUGGGAAAGCUUACCAGACCGCUGGGGUGCUUUUUGAAGUGCUCUGUGCAGUCAAUAAGAAUGAAAAGGUUGAAGAAGUGGCACCGGAGAUUAUUGCUUCUGCUAAAGAUGUUGAAGAAAAGAAUGAGAUCUAUAUGCCAUAUAACAUUCUUCCCCUUGAUGCUGCUGGUGCUUCACAGCCUAUCAUGCAAUUUGAGGAGAUCAAAGCGGCUGUGUCUGCUCUGAGGAAUACAAGAGGUUUGAGCUGGCCUACUUCAUUUGAGCAGCAAAGGCAGAAACCAGGAGACUUAGAUCUUCUUGAUUGGUUGAGGGCGAUGUUUGGGUUUCAGAGAGAUAACGUCAGGAACCAAAGGGAGAACUUAAUCUUGUUGCUUGCUAAUGUUCAUAUAAGACUGACGCCCAAGCCUGAACUUCUUAACAAACUGGAUGAUAGAGCUGUUGAUGCAGUCAUGAAUAAACUAUUUAAAAACUACAAAACAUGGUGCAGGUUUUUGGGGCAUAAGCACAGUUUAAGGCUCUGUCAAGGUCAACAAGAAGCACAACAGAGAAAGAUCCUCUACAUGGGUCUAUAUCUUCUAAUCUGGGGUGAAGCUGCUAAUGUUCGCUUUAUGCCAGAAUGUCUGUGUUAUAUUUUCCAUAAUAUGGCAUUUGAACUUCAUGGUCUCUUGGCUGGAAAUGUCAGCAUUGUCACAGGCGAAAACGUCAGACCUUCAUAUGGUGGGGAUGAUGAGGCAUUCUUGAAAAAGAUUAUCACCCCAUUGUAUCAUGUGAUCGAUAAGGAAGCCAAGAAAAGCAGAAAUGGAAAAGCCACCCAUUCGGUUUGGUGCAACUAUGAUGAUCUAAAUGAAUACUUCUGGUCAGAUGAUUGCUUUUCUUUGGGUUGGCCCAUGCAAGUUGACGAUUUAUACAGUUAUCCUGCUACAAGUGACAAGCAGAGGGGAGAACGGUUUCAAAAAAAAUCUGAUAAAAGCACUGGUAAAAUCAAUUUUGCUGAGACUAGAACAUUUUGGCACAUCUUUCGAAGUUUUGAUCGUUUAUGGACCUGCCUUAUACUAGCACUUCAGGCUAUGGUUACCAUCGCCUGGAGUGAUUCUUCACCUUUUCAAAAGAAUACCCUACAUUCUAUAUCUAGUGUCUUUAUCACAGCAGCCUUUUUACACCUUCUCCAGUGUGUUUUGGACCUUGUUUUGAACUUUCCAGGCUACUGUAGAUGGAAAUUUACUGAUGCACUGAGAAAUGUUCUCAAGAUACUAGUUAGUCUUGCAUGGACCAUAGCCCUUCCUCUUUUCUAUAUUCAAUCCUGGCCAGAAAUCAGUAUUCCAGUGAAAUAUCUGGAUAAGUGGCUUCCUGAAGUGAAAGGCUUACGACCUUUAUAUGUCAUGGCUGUCAUGCUAUACAUGCUUCCAAAUUUACUAGCAGGAAUUUUGUUUAUAUUUCCAAUGAUUCGAGGAUGGAUAGAAAAGUCGGAUUGGCAUACCGUCAGGUUACUUCUAUGGUGGUCUCAGCCACGAAUUUAUAUUGGACGGGGCAUGCAUGAAAGUCAAUUUGCCCUUUUCAAGUAUACUUUGUUCUGGAUGUUGCUGUUGGGUUCCAAAUUUGCAUUCAGCUAUUAUGUCCAGAUAAAACCUCUCGUCAAGCCAACAAAAGAUAUACUUAAUGUUCAUAAUGUUCAGUAUGCGUGGCAUGAAUUUUUCCCUAAUGCUCAAAAGAACAUUGGAGCUGUUAUCUCACUCUGGGCCCCUGUGAUCUUGGUUUAUUUUAUGGACACUCAAAUAUGGUAUGCAGUAUUCUCUACUUUGUAUGGUGGUGUUUCUGGAGCACUCGGACGACUCGGUGAGAUACGGACACUUGGCAUGCUGAGAUCACGAUUCCACUCUUUACCUGGUGCCUUCAAUGCAUAUUUGGUACCUUCUGAGAAGAUGCGAGACAAGAAAUUUUCGUUUUCAAAGCGCUUUGCAGAGGUUGCACCAAGCAAGAGAACCGAGGCUGCAAAGUUUGCUCAGUUAUGGAAUGAAGUGAUAUGUAGUUUCCGUGAAGAAGACCUUAUUAGUGAUAGGGAACUGGAUCUGUUGCUGGUUCCUUAUAUGUCAGAUCCUAGCCUAGACAUAAUACAGUGGCCACUUUUUUUGCUUGCUGGCAAGAUUUCAAUCGCAUUGGAUAUGGCAGCCCAAUUUCGAUCAAGGGAUUUGGACCUCUGGAGACGUAUCUGUGCUGAUGAGUAUAUGAAAUGUGCUGUGCUUGAGUGUUAUGAAUCUUUAAAACUUGUCCUUGACCUUCUAAUAGUUGGUGAAAAUGAAAAAAGGAUCAUUGGUAUUAUCUUCAAGGAAAUUGAAGCUGACAUUUCACGAAACACAUUCCUUACCAAUUUUAGAAUGGGCCCUUUACCAACACUAUGUAAAAAGUUUGUCGAGCUUGUAGAGAUCUUGAAAGAAGGUCAUGCAUCAAAGCAUCAUAUUGUCAUAAUAUUGCUCCAAGACAUGUUAGAAGUCGUUACGCGUGAUAUGAUGGUGAAUGAGAUUCGUGAGUUGGUUGACCUCGGCCAUGGCAACAAAGAUACAUUCCCUGGAAGACAACUUUUUGCUGGUACAGGCUCAAAACCUGCUGUACUUUUUCCACCAGCAACACCACAAUGGGAAGAACAGAUAAAACGCCUGUACCUUCUCUUGACGGUAAGAGAGUCUGCUGUCAAUGUGCCUACAAACCUUGAGGCUUGCAGAAGAAUCGCAUUCUUCACAAAUUCUUUAUUUAUGGACAUGCCACAUGCACCUCGGGUCCGCAAAAUGCUCUCAUUCAGUGUUAUGACUCCAUACUAUAGUGAGGAGACUGUAUAUUCUAAAAGUGAUCUUGAACUGGAGAAUGAGGAUGGUGUAUCAAUCAUAUUCUACCUGCAAAAAAUCUUUCCAGAUGAAUGGAACAAUUUCAUGGAGAGAAUCGGUUGUAAAAGAGAGAACGAAGUUUGGGGAAAUGAGGAGAAUGUUUUGCAGCUUCGUCAUUGGGCCUCCUUAAGAGGGCAAACACUCUGCAGAACUGUUAGGGGAAUGAUGUACUACCGAAGAGCUUUGAAGCUACAGGCUUUUCUUGACAUGGCUUCUGAAAGAGAGAUUUUAGAAGGAUAUAAAGUGGUUGCUGAUCCAGCUGUGGAAGAAAAGAAGAGUCAGAGGUCUUUAUCUGCUCAGCUUGAAGCUGUUGCAGACAUGAAAUUUACAUAUGUUGCGACAUGCCAAAAUUAUGGCAAUCAAAAACAGUCUGGAGAUCGUCGCGCAACAGACAUUCUGAACUUGAUGGUUAAUUAUCCUUCUUUACGUGUAGCAUAUAUUGAUGAGGUUGAAGAAACACAAGGUGGAAUGGUACAGAAAACCUAUUAUUCAGUACUAGUAAAAGCUGUUGAUAAUCUUGACCAGGAAAUAUAUCGUAUUAAGUUGCCAGGAUCUGCAAAGAUCGGUGAAGGAAAGCCGGAAAAUCAGAACCAUGCUAUUAUCUUCACUCGAGGAGAGGCUCUUCAGACCAUUGAUAUGAACCAGGACAAUUACUUAGAAGAGGCUCUUAAAAUGCGUAACCUUUUGGAAGAAUUCAAUGAAGAUCAUGGAGUGCGUCAACCCACUAUUCUGGGUGUACGAGAGCAUAUUUUUACAGGAAGCGUGUCAUCCUUGGCGUGGUUUAUGUCAAAUCAAGAAACAACGUUUGUGACUAUUGGCCAAAGAGUCCUUGCAAACCCAUUGAAGGUUCGUUUUCAUUAUGGUCAUCCAGAUGUGUUUGAUAGGAUAUUCCACAUUACCAGGGGUGGCAUUAGCAAGGCAUCUCGGGGAAUCAACCUGAGUGAGGACAUUUUUGCUGGUUUUAACUCAAUGCUAAGGCGCGGUAAUGUCACCCAUCAUGAGUACAUUCAAGUUGGGAAAGGUCGUGAUGUAGGGCUUAAUCAAAUCACACUAUUUGAAGCUAAAGUUGCCUGUGGUAACGGGGAACAAGUACUUAGCAGAGAUAUCUAUCGUUUAGGCCAUCGCUUUGACUUUUUUCGUAUGCUGUCUUGUUACUUUACAACCGUGGGAUUUUACUUCAGCUCAUUGAUGGUUGCCAUUAUCUUAUAUGUCUACUUGUAUGGAAAACUUUACCUAUCAUUAAGCGGAUUGGAAGAGGCAUUUUUGAAGCAAGCAAGGAUGAGAGGCAACAAAUCCCUUGAGGCAGCCAUGGCAUCUCAAUCCGUAGUUCAGUUAGGCUUAUUAAUGGCUUUACCGAUGGUAAUGGAGAUUGGACUAGAAAGAGGAUUCAGAACUGCCCUUGUUGAUUUCGUUGUCAUGCAGCUUCAGCUUUGUGCAGUUUUCUUCACAUUCUCUCUUGGAACAAGGGCUCAUUAUUUUGGGAGAACCGUCUUGCAUGGUGGUGCAAAAUAUAGAGCAACUGGGCGAGGAUUUGUAGUUCGGCAUGAAAGGUUUGCAGAGAAUUACAGGAUGUAUUCUAGAAGUCACUUUGUGAAAGGGCUGGAGUUGAUGAUACUGCUGAUAGUUUACCAGUUGUAUGGGACAAUGCCAAAUGGCACAAUUACCUAUACGCUAGUCACAUCAUCAAUGUGGUUCCUUGUGGUAAGUUGGUUGUUUGCACCAUUCAUUUUCAACCCAUCUGGUUUUGAGUGGCAGAAGAUAGUGGAAGACUGGGAUGAUUGGACAAAAUGGAUAGGGAGCAGGGGUGGCGUUGGUGUACCACCAAAUAAAAGCUGGGAGUCCUGGUGGGUUGAAGAACAAGAGCACUUGCAGUACACAGGAUUCUUGGGGCGAUUUUGGGAGAUUAUUCUUUCUAUGCGCUUCUUCCUCUUCCAGUAUGGGAUUGUCUAUCACCUGAAUGUGACCAAUGGCAACAAAAGCAUUCUAGUGUAUGCCCUGUCCUGGUUGGUGAUAGUUGCAGUGAUGAUUAUACUGAAGAUGGAGUCCGUGGGCAGGAAGAAGUUUAGUGCAGACUUCCAACUUCUGUUCCGGUUGCUCAAGCUAUUCCUGUUUGCUGGGUUUAUUGGUGCACUAGUCAUCCUCUUUGCUGUUCUUAAUCUGACAGUGGGUGACAUUUCCACCAGCAUCCUUGCCUUCAUGCCAACAGGAUGGGCAGUGCUUCAGAUAUCACAGGCAUGCAAGCCGAUUAUAAAGACCCUUGGGUUGUGGGGCUCAGUCAAACCAUUUGCUAGGGCAUACGAUUAUGUGAUGGGUCCUGUGAUCUUUGCACCAGUGGCUGUGUUGGCAUGGUUCCCAUUUGUUUCGGAGUUCCAAACAAGGCUGCUUUUCAACCAAGCAUUCAGCAGAGGCUUGCAGAUUUCCCGCAUUUUGGCUGGUGGGAAGAAACAUGACUAAACAGCAACAAGCCUGGGAGGAAAGACGAGAGAGUAGUGCUGGAGGAACGGAGGUGGGUGGGGGGCUUGAGAGAUUUGUCUGCUGUGCAAUGGGCUGUGGUACUCCCUGUGUUUGGGAUACUAACAUGAGUCAUUUGGCGAUGGAGACUGUAUUGUACCGCUAGCAUCUCGAUUCAUCAAUACUCGAUCUAAUCUGCCGGCAAAGCAGCUGACCUGUUUUCCUCGACUCCUAUGAGAGUUAAAAUAAUGCAUUCCUAUAUUCUCAAA